AUGGCUAUCCACCGCAUAAUAACGGAUCCGGUUGCCCUUCUAAUUGUCGGAACCCUUCUCUUCCUUGUCUACCUGAUAUAUCAAGAAUUCUUUCACCCGUUAGCAAAAUACCCCGGGCCGUUUCUCGCCGCCUUCACGGAUUUCCACAAGUUCUCUCUGUUCUUGUCUCUGCGGAUUGGCCAAAGAAUCUUUUCUUUGCAUCGAAAAUACGGACCUAUUGUGCGAAUAGCUCCAAACGAGCUCAGCUUCUGGAAUGCCGAAGCCGUCGCCCCAAUCUACAAGUCCGGAAAGGCAAUGGUCAAAAGUCCAUUUUUCGACGGAUUCACAACAUUCAAUCCAAAUCUGUUUGGGAACCGAGAUGAAAAGAUUCACGCCCUAAAACGGAGACAGAUGGCCCAUAAUGAACACGGGAAAUUCAAGCGACGAUUGAAGGAAGAAACCUUUGAUUUCUUGAGCUACAAAGUCAAAUCAUGGCAAGAAAGUCUUCCCGAAGCUCUACAGUCGUCCCAAGACGAGCUGGGAUCUGUAGAGAGCAUUCCAUUUGAGGACCGACAGGCGUAUCUCCUCAGAUCCAUCCUUUUCCUACGAGCAAACCAAAUCAGGAUUAUGGUCCUACGUCCUCUACUUUACUCAUACCAAAUAGCGAAAGCGAAUCUCGGCCAUGCAGACACUCUCGUCCAACUUGCAACAAACACGAUCAAUAAGGUCCUCGAGAUGGAUCGUAAAACCAAUCUAUAUCGCACACAAAUACCAAUUUUCAAUCACUUUCUUCCAUCUGCUUUGUGUUCCUUGUUCCUUGUUCUUGCUCACUAUUCGCGCCUUUCCACUACGGAGCUCGCUCCGAGUGAAGGUGCCGCCGUGGUCGAUGCUAUUGCCAAUGGUCUAAGCUUACUGCGAACUUACCUAUUCUCCCUGUCUUCACAGCGGUUGCUGCGAAAGUUUACUGGGCCACAGAGCCUGAUCUCUCAUCUUGGGCUGCUGCAAAACUGCAACCAUUUUGACAAAUUGCUCUUGGAGAAGCUUGAUAUUGACACAUUUACGGGUCUGGACGAUGUCGCGCUGGAUCAAAAUCCAGUGAUGGAGGGUAAUGAUCAUCCUCUGCAUGAUUACUCCAAUCCGAUGGGAAGUGAGUGGCCUCUUGAAUUAUCAUUGACAUCCCCGGUCACGCCCGGAGAUAUAAGCCAGCUAUUUGCUAGCUAUGAAUUGGACUUCAUGGGAUUCAAUCUCUUAUGA